AUGCUUCGAUUUGCAAUAUUACUUAUAUGUAUUUUAGCACCAUUGACUGUUUCAAAAUCCAUAAAAAAACCGAGAUGUGGCGGAUUAUGUCGUAUAUAUUGUCAAUAUGGUAAUGUGCUAGAUAAAAGAGGUUGUCCAACAUGCCAGUGCAAGCCAAGUCCUUGUGGAAAUGGCCAAGCUCCAUUACCAGAUUACUUCUGUGGUCGUGGUCUUAAUCGUACAGAUUGUCCAUCGAAUUAUACAUGUGUAAUUGCACCUAAUGAUAGUUAUGCUGUUUGUUGUCCUUCUAAUGAACAAUCUGGAACAAAACCAGGUUCAUGUCCACCACCGCCCCAACUGCCAGGCAAUUGUAUUGCUAAAUGUACAACUGAUAUUGAUUGUGAAGGAAACUUCAAAUGUUGUGGUAGUUGUCCUCGUCAAUGUGUUAAACCAUUACAUUGA